GUUUCAUCGAAUUCUAUAGACGAGUUUGAUUUACAGGAAAGGGAUGAAAGGGAGAGGGCUGGAUGGACCAUUGUUCGAUCCGAGGGUGUUGAGGACAACUUUGACAGUCAGGCCGCUGCCAAUGAUGCAGAUGUCGACGGGGAUAUGGUGGUUGGAGGCUUCGAGUCCGACACAAUAACCUUAGGAGAUUCCGAAGAACUUGUAAAAGAGGGGAAAGAUGCAAUAAGGGAGGAUGCUCCUCUACUUGUUAAAGACCCGCUACACAUCCUUGAAUGUCUUCGCUCUGGUUCUUUGACUGGGAAGCGAUCAUCUUUGUCCGGAACGCGAGUCGACUCGAGGACUCGGAGUCAAAGUAAGCCACCGAAAUCGCCUGGCUUAUCAAGGGGGCGGAGUCUUCGCACCACUAGGAAACAUGACAAGUUAACUGAAUGUAUACUGCGUCCGGACGUAGAUCUAGCCGAACUGCGAAAACUUGCAUGGUCCGGGCUACCACAUGAUUUGAGGCCUGUGACGUGGCCUUUUCUUCUUGGGUACUACCCACUCUCUCACUCCACCAGAGCGCAAGUGCUAGCUCGUAAACGGGAGGAAUAUGCAGCUCUGGUUCGACUGACAUUCGCGAGAGGCAAAGAAGGGCUGGACCAGCAGAUAUGGCACCAGAUUGAAAUCGACGUGCCACGCACCCGUCCGGGUGUUCGGUUAUGGAUGGAGGGGGGAACCCAGAGGAGCCUUGAAAGGAUCUUAUACGUAUGGGCCAUCAGACACCCUGCUAGUGGAUACGUGCAGGGUAUCAAUGAUUUGGUGACGCCUUUCUACCAAGUCUUCUUAUCCGCAUACAUAGGCGAGCAUUGUGACCCAGAGUACUUCGAUCCAGCUUGCUUGCCAGAAGAUAUCCUAAAUGCUAUCGAAGCAGACUCAUUUUGGUGUCUCUCCCGGCUGCUGGACGGCAUCCAGGAUAACUACAUUUCACAACAACCAGGGAUACAAAGAAGCGUCCAGCGAAUGCAAGGGGUGGUGAGCAGAAUCGACGCUCCCCUUGCUGCACAUCUGAAAGCUGAAGGUGUCGAGUUCAUACAGUUCGCCUUUCGGUGGAUGAACUGCCUGCUCAUGCGUGAGUUGAGCGUGCAGAACACGAUCCGGAUGUGGGACACUUAUCUGUCGGAAGGGACCGAUGCGUUCUCCCAAUUUCACCUGUAUGUCUGUUGCGCUUUCUUAGUCAAAUGGAGCGAAAAGCUGCGUGAGAUGGACUUCCAGGGUAUUAUCAUGUUCCUCCAAUCGCUUCCCACUCAGGACUGGGGUGACCACGAGGUUGAAUUGCUUCUAAGCGAAGCGUUCGUUCUCAGCAGUGUAUGGCAUAAUGCUCAGAGCCACUUUGGUGGAAGAUAA